AGACAAAUUUGGUGGGGAAGAGGAAGUAGAGUUGAGGCUCGUAUCUUCCACUGAACCUUGCAGUUUGAAUCUCUUCUCUGGCAGUACCUGUUAAAUGGGCUGCCACAAAGAAGAGGGAGUCAAGCUAUUCUCCAAAGCACCUGAAGGCAGGACCAGAAGCAAUGGAUGGGAACUAAUUAAAGAGAGAAGCUACCUAGAACUAAGGAGAAAUUUCCUAACAGUUAGAACAAUUAAUCAGUGGAACAACUUGCCUCCAGAAGUUGUGAAUGCUGCAACACCGGAAGUUUUAAAGAAGAGAUUGGAUAACCAUUUGUCUGAAAUGGUAUAGGGCAUGGAUGUCAAAUUCACCGCAUCAUGAUUUUAGUUCGCUCCUUGAUGAAAAUGGCAGCCAACAACGCAGUUUUGAAUAGACUGGAGCAGAAGGGCACUGAAGCAGAUCAAAUUAUUGAAUACCUUAAGCAGCAAGUUGCUCUUCUGAAAGAAAAAGCCAUCUUGCAGGCAUCUCUGAGGGAAGAGAAGAAACUACGUGUUGAAAAUGCUAAACUUAAGAAAGAAAUUGAAGUGCUAAAACAGGAAUUGAUCCAAGCAGAAAUUCGAAAUGGAGUGAAACAAGUAUCUGUGCCACCUAGUGAGACGGCUUCUGCAGUUUCAUUUUCCAAGGAUCUCUCUCAGACAUCAUCUGCUGCCGAAACUCUGUCUGAUCCUAAGGAACAAAUCAAGGGACCCAGUGAAGAAAAGAAGAAGAAAGACAAAACAGAAAAGAAAGGAGAAAGGAAAGAAAAAAAGCAGUCAGCUGCAAAUGAUGAUUCAAAGCCUUUAGAUGUUUCUCGACUUGAUCUUCGUAUUGGUUGUAUUAUGACGGCAAAGAAACACCCAGAUGCUGAUAGCCUUUAUAUUGAGGAAGUUGAUGUUGGAGAAGCAAAUCUAAGAACUGUUGUCAGCGGUUUGGUGAAACAUGUUCCUUUAGAAGAGAUGCAAAACCAGAUGGCUGUAUUUCUCUGCAACCUAAAACCAGUAAAAAUGAGAGGAGUGGUGUCCCAAGCCAUGCUGAUGUGUGCUAGCGCACCAGAAAAGGUGGAAAUUAUAAUUCCUCCUAAUGGAGUUGUUCCUGGAGAAAAAAUUACAUUUGAAGGUUUUUCAGGUGAACCUGAGAAAGAACUUAAUCCCAAGAAGAAAAUAUGGGAGCAGAUCCAACCUGAUCUUCAGACUAAUGACCAAUGUAUUGCUACGUACAAAGGAGUACCGUUUGAAGUGAAAGGGAAAGGUGUGUGCAGGGCUCCCUCAAUGGCCAACAGUGGAAUCAAAUAAAUGAAAGCAAGCUUGGAAAAGUUUGAAAUAAUUUUGAAGAGAAAAACAUGAACAUAAAUAAAUAUUGCCUCACUGAAAA